GAACCUGCAGAGAGACGACGAAGGACGCGACACACUGAGGCACUCGACUGGCGACUGAAAGGCAGGUGCCGCCACCAUGACACCUGUGCUCCUCCUGCUGAUCUCUGCUGCCCUGAACUCAGCCUCUUCUUCUGAAGACAGCACUGGUAAAGAUUUCAUUGUUGCUUUCCCGGAGAACAUCGCCUACUACUUUCCCAAUUCAACUGUUAACAAGAUCCAAAUCACCGCCCUGUUUGAUGGAACACAAAUCGACGUCACAUCUCAAUUUAAGAACUCUUCGUUGAACCUGAGCGCAGGGAACACUGAAGAAUUACGAUAUGAUUCAAAGGUCGAGUUGAACAAGUCCGAAAUCUCACAGAACACUCUCAAAAUUACCAGCGACAAGAGAGUCUCCGUCCACACCAUCAGCCUCAAAAACACAAGUAUGCAAACAGCUCUGAUCAUACCAGAAGACAAACUUGGAACAAAGUACUUCAUCCCACCGAUACCUACGAUUCAAGGAACCACAGACCAAGUAAAUGAAACUGUAACUGAAAGGCAGCCUUUCAAGAUCAUCAUCAUCAACGCGGGCCGAGCUAACAAAGUGACCGUCGGAGGUAAAACGAGCAAAACGAUGGACCUUCAGCCGUACGAGGUCGGUCAGAUGUACAUAAAGGAUGACUCAUACCGAACUGUGAGCGCUAAAAAUCCCAUGGCAGUCGCCUUUGGUCACACUUGCGCCAUUCGACACAACUGCACCUGUGGCCUCCUGUACACCAUGCUGCCCCCAGCCAAGGAGGAGAAACUGAAGUUCUACAUCCCUCCUGCUCUGGCCGAGGGCGCUCAAGCUGAAACGUUUGUACUUCUGGCAAACGGAGAAUCCACCAAGGUAGAGAAAUACGAUCCAGACAAACCAAUGGUCGAAUAUGCCGGUUCAGCAAUCCUCUACCGUCCAGGCCUUCUCCUCAGCCUGAUCCCAGAGCCGGACUUUGCCGCCUGUUUUGUUAUCAACACCGUUGCUGAAGCACAAAACUUUGCAACGAUCGUGGUCAACAAGGAUCACACUGACGGGGUUCGCAUUGGGACUUCUCCUUUGACAGAUCCAGCGUGGACGCCACUGGGGACAAAUUAUGUCUCCGUGAAAGUUCCUCUGUUGACCAGCAAGAACGUGAUUUGGCAUGCCUCCUCCAAAAUGGCCGUCUACUUUGGGGAAAGCAAGGAUGGCACUCCGUUUGGGAAUCCAGCACCUGUCAUCAGUAAAUUCCCAGAUUUCAGGGGUUGUACCGUGACUCCUGAGGUCGUCCAUAUCGGCCCGGCAGAUGGCUGGCGAGAAUCCCUGCAGUACUGCAAAGAUCAACAACUGGAGCUGAUCAGCUUCCCCGACGCCGCCGAUCAUCAGAAACAGAUCUACGAGAAGAUCAACCAGAUCAGAGACGACAGUCUCAAGAGGGUGUGGAUCGGCAUGCGUCGGAGCUCGCUCACCGGGGAGUGGUACUGGCUGAACAAGCAAUCAGUCAGUGAUACCAACUGGGCGAAUGGAGAGCCGGGCUUGGCGCAGGAUGGCCAGUGUGCUAUCAUGAGAGCAGACGGCAGCAAGGACUUUGGCUGGAGUGAUGAGGAAUGCUGUUCAGACGCCCGUCCUGUCUGCCUCGGCCCCCCAACCUUAUUCCCCACGGGGUGAUCCAGCAGGGUGGCGAGGGGUUAACAGGAAGGAAGACAUGGACAUAGUUCAUUUUAAUAAGAAGUAGAACAUAUAGUAUGACCAUCGGGUCUUGGAAACAGAUGUUUCCAGUCUUCUUGCUAGCAUUCUGCAUUAUUAUACUCUAAGUAGUUUUGAUGUGAAAUACAUUUACUCUUUCUUUCAAAUCCCCAAAUGAAGGCUGCUGAGAGCAUGCGCAUCGAAGCCUGGGGUGUUUCGACACCCAUACAGUUAUUGAAUGGCAAUUCCCACCAGGCCAGAGAAGAGUAGAAGCUCGGUAAAUUUCCAUACAUUCACAAAAACAAUCCUAUCUCUGAUCAGUGUCUGAGUUUGAGCUCAGAGGUUUGCAUUCCUUCAAAAUAAAAGCACAUUUUAUAUGAAAGCUGGAAUAAAGAGACUCAGGCUAACAACAAUAGAAAAAGGCAAAUACAGCAACAGACAUAUUGGGCUGAAGGUCACCAGGGUCAGUCAUUGGACCCCUGUCCUAAUUCUGAACAAUCCCCUUGGUUGUUUCCAACUUUUUUGACAAUAUCUGGUCUUUCCCUUCACCUCCCUUCUCAUUGGUCUAACCGACUAAUCUUACCAGUCCAUAUUUUCAGUUGCCGCAUGUUUUUGAUUGGUUAUCUUUGUAUUUUUUUUUUUUCAAUUUCCUACCUUCACUAUUUAAAUGAUGCUUGCAUUGUGUUUCCUGAUGACCCUGAUGAAGGCCAUAAGCCGAAAUGCAUCAGUCUAAUAAAGUUACUAAAGUUGAUAUCUCCAUAUUGCACGUGUAUCUUUUUGAAGCCUUUCACUCUGCAUGCACCCAGAAGAAAACUACUCUGCUUCUAAGAUAUAGAGAUUGAAAUAUGAAGUUGUAGACGUAACAUGUCAGAUAACAUUUUUAGGUUUGACUUUGAACAUUUAUCCAAUAAACAUUUAUUGAUUUCCUCUCAGUGUCUGUAAACCUUAUCUGAGCUUUUCCCUUCUUUGUGUUCUAAAUAAAUGAGUGAUUCAAAAACAAAAAA